GGCGGGCCGAGCCGGGGCCCCGGCGUGUGGCCGGUGUGCGCGCAGCCGGCAUGGGGGAGCCUCCCACUCGCCCCGCGCCCUAGCGGCGGCCAGAGGCUGAAGGAGAGGCGGCCGCCCGCCGGAGGGUCCCGGGGCGGCCCCGCUUCCAGGGCAUGUGGUGAUGGCUGAUGAGAAGAGACUGCACGAAUACGGGGUGCUUUGCAUUCAAGAAUACAGAAAAAACAGCAAAGUGGAGUCAAGUACACAUAACAGCUUCAUGGGCUUGAAGGAUCAUCUGGGGCAUGACCUAGGCCACCUUUAUGUGGAGAGCACUGACCCACAUUUAAGUACAUCUGUACCUUGGUCAAUGGUAGAAAAACCAACAAUGGAUAAAGUUAAUUCCGGGAAGGAAGAAAAAGAGGUGUCUGAAGAGAAUGCGAGCUCUGGUGACUCUGAAGAAAGCACAAAUUCUGAUAAUGAGUCAGAACAAUUGAGUAGCAUUUCAGUAGAGCCAUGCUUAUUAACCAAGACUCACAGACAACUAUGUAGGUCUCCGUGUUUAGAGCCUCACAUACUCAAACGCAGUGAAAUUUUGCAAGACUUUAAACCUGAAGAGUCUCAGCCAACCAAGGAAGUGAGGAAACCCCCUGAUGUGGUGCGAGAGUACCAAACAAAACUGGAGUUUGCACUGAAGUUAGGUUAUUCUGAAGAACAGGUUCAGCUUGUGCUAAACAAACUUGGUACCGAUGCUUUAAUCAAUGAUAUUUUGGGAGAACUUGUCAAACUUGGAAAUAAAAGUGAGGCCGAACAAACAGUUAGUACAAUUAAUAGUAUAAUGAGGGAAACAUCUUCCCUGGAAUCUCAGCGGUCUGAAUCUCCAAUGCAAGAGAUUGUAACAGAUGAUGGGGAAAAUCUGAGACCAAUAGUUAUCGAUGGCAGCAAUGUGGCGAUGAGCCAUGGAAACAAAGAAGUCUUUUCCUGCCGUGGAAUAAAAUUAGCAGUGGAUUGGUUUUUGGAAAGAGGCCACAAGGAUGUUACCGUCUUUGUUCCUGCUUGGAGGAAAGAGCAGUCCCGACCUGACGCGCUCAUCACAGAUCAAGAAGUUCUACGUAAAUUAGAGAAGGAGAAAAUCCUGGUGUUCACACCGUCCCGGAGAGUGCAGGGGAGGCGAGUGGUGUGCUAUGAUGACAGGUUCAUCGUGAAGCUGGCGUUUGAGUCGGAUGGUAUAAUUGUAUCCAAUGAUAACUACAGGGAUUUGGCAAAUGAGAAACCAGAAUGGAAAAAGUUCAUAGAUGAGCGACUAUUAAUGUAUUCAUUUGUUAAUGACAAGUUCAUGCCCCCAGAUGACCCUCUUGGCAGACAUGGCCCAAGCCUGGAUAAUUUUCUGAGGAAGAAACCUAUUGUUCCUGAACACAAAAAGCAGCCUUGUCCAUAUGGAAAGAAGUGUACCUAUGGACACAAGUGCAAAUAUUAUCAUCCGGAAAGGGGCAGUCAGCCUCAGCGGUCAGUGGCUGAUGAACUGCGUGCCAUGUCUAGAAACACAGCAGCCAAAACUGCAAAUGAAGGAGGACUGGUGAAAAGCAACAGUGUCCCCUGCAGCACUAAAGCCGACAGCACUUCCGAUGUCAAGCGAGGUGCUCCAAAGAGGCAAUCGGAUCCAAGCAUAAGGACUCAAGUCUACCAAGACCUAGAGGAAAAGCUUCCCACCAAAAACAAACUGGAAACCAGGUCUGUACCUUCCUUAGUUAGUAUACCGGCUACUUCUACCGCAAAACCCCAAAGCACUACGUCUUUAAGCAAUGGCCUUCCAUCUGGAGUUCAUUUCCCACCUCAGGAUCAAAGACCACAGGGACAAUAUCCUCCAAUGUUGAUGGCAACCAAAAAUCAUGGAACGCCAAUGCCUUAUGAACAGUAUCCAAAAUGUGACUCGCCUGUCGACAUUGGAUAUUAUUCCAUGUUGAAUGCAUAUUCAAAUCUGAGUAUCUCAGGCCCACGAAGUCCUGAAAGGCGUUUCUCCUUAGACACAGAUUAUAGGAUAAGCUCUGUCGCCUCUGACUGCAGCAGCGAAGGGAGCGUGAGCUGCGGGAGCAGUGACUCAUAUGUGGGGUACAGUGACCGCUCCUACGUCAGCUCUCCUGACCCACAGCUGGAGGAGAGUCUGAAGUGCCAACACAUGCACCCUCACAGCCGCCUUAAUUCUCAACCCUUCCUGCAGAGUUUCCACGACCCCUUAACCAGAGGGCAGAGUUACAGUCACGAAGAACCAAAGUACCAUCACAAACCUCCUCUCCCACAUCUGGCCGUGCACCUGCAGCACCCCGCCGUGGGGGCCCGGUCCAGCUAUCCUGGCGAUUACCCGUCUCCUCCGAGUUCAGCACACUCGAAGGCACCACACCUAGGGCGGUCCUUAGUGGCCACGAGAAUAGACAGCAUUUCUGACUCUCGGCUGUAUGACAGUUCUCCUUCCAGACAAAGAAAGCCUUAUGCCCGCCAGGAAGGCCUGGGAAGCUGGGAUAGGCAGAGCUAUGGGAUCGAUGUGUACGGCUACCGGCAGACUUAUUCUUUGCCUGAUACCUCCACGCAGCCGUGUUAUGAGCAGUUCACCUUCCAGAGCCUCCCUGAGCAGCCGGAGCCCACCUGGCGCGUCCCGUACUGCGGGGUGCCGCAAGAUCCCCCCCGGUACCAAGACAGCCGAGAAAAGAUUUAUAUCAACUUGUGCAACAUCUUCCCGCCUGACCUUGUGAGAAUUGUCAUGAAAAGGAACCCUCACAUGACAGACGCCCAGCAGCUGGCUGCAGCCAUUUUAGUGGAGAAAUCACAGCUGGGUUAUUGAAAGAUGAUGCAUCUUUGUGGUGUUUAGUAGUUUUUUGUUCAGCUCAAAUGCUGAGGGAGGUUUGCUACAAUAGCACAUGUGAUCUCCUUCUCAGCAAGGAGGUUAUAUAGUAUCCAUUUAUGUGAAAUACUGUAUCAUGGAAUCUGUAUGUAUAGCCCCACAUAGUGGAAGUAUCAUGGGAUUGCUUUACAUUCAAACUUUUUUUUAAUAUUUCCUUUUUAAAGCUAUAUCCUUGGCUGGAAAUUUUUCCAGUUUGAUUUAUUAGAUGUAUCUGUGAUCUUUGAUAUUAAUCUUUGGUGCAUCAGGGGUUUAUAUGCAGCACUUUUUAUCCUUGUUUCAUGUUUUAUUAACUUGGUGUUUGUCUAUCAAUUGCAAGCAAUUACAAUACCUUCAGAAUGUUGAACAUUUGACUAGACCUAGCAAACUAUUUUUUCAAGCCAAGCAUAAUUGGAAUCUUUUACAGCUUUUUAAGUUAUUUUUAUUUGGGGAAAGUGGGCUUCUUUGUGCUAUAAUCAUUAUUUAUAGAAACAAAGAUAUACUACAGCACUGACUGACUUUAUAUUUUAAACAAAAUGAAAGUUACCAGUUUAUGUUGAAAUGGGUAACAGUAUAUAUUAGAAUGAUUUACAGUAUGGCACUUUUCAUUGUUUUAUUUUCGUUUGGAUUUUUUGUGUUAAGUAAUUUGUUAAUUUAAUAUGGUUGAUUUAAAGGAAAGCAGAUGCAAUCAAUGGAAAAAAUUGUUUCCAUCUUUUUUUUAUAAAAAAGGCAAAAGCCAUCAACUGUUACAGUUUAGAGCUUUGUUAUCCAGCUAUGAUGUGCUUCUGGACAGUAGAAAUGGAAUUGAAUUCCUAGACUUCCAUUAACCUGUAUUUUUUAAUGUGUUUGUCUUUUUGUUUUGGGGCACAACAAUACUGGAUAAAAUAACCCUUUUGCAGUACUUGCCUGUUUUUAAUGAAUCUAAUUAUUCUCAAUGCAACUUUUAUAUUUAAUAUACCCUUUAGCUUUCCUGCUAUUUAUCAAGGCUGGCCUGAGGUGGUUUUAUGUGUUGAGGAUAUGCAACAUUUAUUGAUACUGCACUAUAGAAAUGGUGAUGCAGGAGUUGUAAAUGGUAACUUAACAUUUUUGUAAGAUACUGUAUAUUUUCCAUUUUCCUGAAGGUAGUUUUUUGGGGGGGCCUGUUAUAUUAUUAAGGCCAGAUUCUUGCCACAAAUAGUGUAGUUUUAGAUACAGACUAAAGUCUGUUCUCGUAUUAGUAAGGGAUAUUUCUGGUUUCAAAGUCAUGGGUUUUGCUGAGCGUGGAUUCGUUUCUGUCGCUGGUUAGAAGAGAGAUGAUGCAAUCAGUGGCAGACAAUUGUGUGACUGACACGACUUCACUGCUGCCUCCAGUUUUUGAAUUUUACUUAGUGUAACAGAUGCAUUCCGAUCUGUUUCUGGAGUGUGCCUAGAUGCCCUGGUUAUCCUUAUUAUUCUACCUGCUACAGUUUGAAGUAAAGCCCUGAAAAACCAGAAAGUACCUUUUACUGUUGAUACAAAUUGUAUCUUUUUAACUAUAAGAACUAUUUUGAUUUGUAGAUCUAGUUAAAACACAGAUGUGUAACUAUGAUUAGACUUUUGGGCAACAUUUUAUCCCUUAUUUAAAUACAAAUUUUUAAAGUAAAAUUGAGGUCUAGAAUAGGGUAGAAAAUAAAAACAAUUUAGGUAAAUAAAAGUGUCUGUCUUAGUUUUAUAUAUUAAAAUAUAUUAAAUGAAUUUAUUGGCAUUUUCUUUCUCCUAAAACUUAUCUAGCGUGAACUUAACUUAAAAUAAAGGUAAAAUGCUGCCUGAAAAUAACGUCCAAGCACCUUUGACUAGGACAACAUUUUCACUACUCGUGUGGCACUGUGUGUCGCAUGAAGUAGGAUUUGGGUUACAGUAAAUGCUUCUAAAAGGCAUUGUGCAUAUUGACAUAUCCAAUAAUCUGAACCAUGUUCAGCAAACCUAAUUCAGGAAAGUGGGGUUCACAGUCGCUGCUGCCGCCUGCUAGGUGAGGUGCCCCUCGCUGCGCCCGCAGAGGAUACGGGCACGGCCGCAUGGACCCGCCGUGGCGUCCUCUGAGCGACCUGCUCACUUGUGAAAUCGUUCUCCUGAUUUUGUCGGUCACUCUCUGUAACAAGUUUAAUGUAGAUGCUAACCCAGUGCCAAAAGUAGAGUUACAAACGUGGAGUACCUUUCAUCUCAGUCUUAUUCUAAGCUUGCUUUUUUUUUUUUUAAGUAUGAAAUCAUUUUUAAAUUGUAUAAGUAAGUUUUGCUUCCAUUUUCUUAAUUUUUGCAUUUGAAUUAUUUGAAGAUUCUGCCAAAUUUUAUGAAAUUUCUUUAAAUGAGGUCUUCGGUGAAAUGUGUAACACACCCUUUAAUUUGACCUCCUAAUGUCUGUAGCUAAGUAUCUCUCAUUGCUUCCCAGAUUUUAGACUAUGGAAAAACAGUGGGGCUUGCCGCCGCGUGGCCUGACGUGAAUAGCUCUGAAGAGCCCCGCUGAAAUCCUGCAGUGUAGUUGACUGUGAGUUAAGAAACAGUUUUCUUGCGGCCUCCCUGGUGGCGCAGUGGUUGCGCGUCCGCCUGCCGAUGCAGGGGAACCGGGUU